GACCUCACGGAGCAGGAUCGCCGGCUCGGACCGAAGCCACCCGCCCGCCGCCAGCCAGGUGCCAUGCUGCUGCUCCUGCUGGGCUUCCUAAGCCCAGCGGCCUGCUGGGCACUGGGCCAGGUUGGCCCUGGCUCCUCGGAGCUGCGGUCGGCCUUCUCGGCGGCUCGCACCACCCCGCUGGAGGGCACGUCGGAAAUGGCGGUGACCUUCGACAAGGUGUACGUGAACAUCGGGGGCGACUUCGACGCGGCCACCGGGCGGUUCCGCUGCCGCGUGCCCGGCGCCUACUUCUUCUCCUUCACCGCGGGCAAGGCCCCGCACAAGAGCCUGUCGGUGAUGCUGGUGCGCAACCGCGACGAGGUGCAGGCGCUGGCCUUCGACGAGCAGCGGCGGCCGGGCGCCCGGCGCGCCGCCAGCCAGAGCGCCAUGCUGCAGCUCGACUACGGCGACACGGUGUGGCUGCGGCUGCACGGAGCCCCGCAGUACGCGCUGGGCGCGCCGGGCGCCACCUUCAGCGGCUACCUGGUGUACGCCGACGCCGACGCGCCUGCGCAGGGGCCCGCGCCGCCGGAGCCGCGCUCGGCCUUCUCCGCGGCGCGCACGCGCAGCCUGGUAGGCUCGGACGCGGGCGCCGGGCCGCGCCACCGGCCGGUGGCCUUCGACACCGAGCUGGUCAACAUCGGCGGCGACUUCGACGCGGCGGCCGGCGUGUUCCGCUGCCGUCUCCCCGGCGCCUACUUCUUCUCCUUCACGCUGGGCAAGCUGCCGCGCAAGACGCUGUCGGUGAAGCUGAUGAAGAACCGCGACGAGGUGCAGGCCAUGAUCUACGACGACGGCGCUUCGAGGCGCCGCGAGAUGCAGAGCCAGAGCGUGAUGCUGGCGCUGCGGCGCGGCGACGCCGUCUGGCUGCUCAGCCACGACCACGAUGGCUACGGCGCCUACAGCAACCACGGCAAGUACAUCACCUUCUCCGGCUUCCUGGUGUACCCCGACCUCGCCGCUGCCGGCCCGCCGGCCCUCAAGCCCCCCGAGCUCUGAGCCUCUGCUUGAAGGAGCCGGGGAGGGCCAUGGGGCAUGCAUGCCGAGCCGGGACCGCGGCCCGAACGCCCCACCGGCCAGAGCAUGACAGCCUGCCCGGCAUUCCUGGACUCUGCCAAUAAAGUGGGGCUGCCCCUGUCAGCCCUUACGGCCCUGCCCUGUGUCAUGAAUGUGAAGCCUUUGCCUCCUCCCUUCCUCUCCCCAGGAUGACACAGACCGCAAUGACUAGGACAGCACAUAGGGCCUAGCUGGGGGUCAAGCCUGUGAGAAUUGGAAGUUAGGGAAUUGAUGCUAUUCUAAAUUCAAGUAGACCUCGCCUUCAUGUCCACGACUAGUGCAUCUCUCCAUCUGACUUUUCACUGACCCGUGGGCCCAUAUUAUGCCUUUCUUUAAGAAGCAGCAACAUCCUACUACUCUAACCCACUAGGAACACAGGAUUCAAGGAAAUGGCAUGUUCCUUCUUUCAGUAGGGCAUAAGACUGAGAUGAAGGACUGAUACCUCCCUCCUGCCCUCCCAGAAUGGGGUGAGUGAUUUGCUCAGAACACGUGUCAGUGUAAGUGGGCUUAGACACAAAACCAAGAUGGGCUCUGGGAGGCCAAAACAGAAUCAGGGCUCUAACCAUGCACAAGUGUGUGAGCCAGACUUCUCCCAGCUUUAUUCCUUACUCAGAGGUGUUACAUGUGAGGCUGGCUUGAGACAACACAUUUUUUUUUUCUAUCCACUUCACAAAGAGGUAAUGUUUUCCCACUUUUCCCUUUACUCCUCCGUAAAUAGAGCUGUUGAAAUCCAAUCUCUAUUCCCAGGCCACGAGGGGACUUAGCAAGCUCAGAGACCACUGAGCUUUUGUUAACUUUGAAAUGAGUAUAUUAACACUGGGUGAUGCUGGGCGCAGUGGCUCAUGCCUGUAAUCCCAGCAUUCGGGGAGGCAGAGGCAGGCGGAUCGCUGUGAGUUCAAGGCCAGCCUGGUGUACACAGUAAGUCCAGGACAGCCACGGCUACACAGAGAAACCCUGUCUCAAACAAAAAGAAAAAAGAAAAAAAAAAAAAAGGACUGGGUGACAAUCAACAUACAUGGUCCCUGUGUCUCACAGUACUGCCACGGUAGGAGUUAGAGGACCUGACCUGAUUUUACUUUGGGGGCAGCUUUUCUUUAGCGUGUAUUAAACAGACUUUUCAAUCUUGACCUCUGGACAGACAUGCAUGAACCCGUUGCCUGACGGUC